AAUUGAAAGUAGAUGCAGCCUGUGGAAUAUGACGACUCUUUCACAAAUUGACGACCCUUAAGAGCUGGUAAGAUUGAGAAAAUGUUCAUCAUAAAGACAGGAGAAAUGUGGCUAGAGGAAUUUCGUAGUUGAAUAAGGGAAAACCUUUCUUCCAGUGAAAGACAAAGAAUGGGAGAUGAAAGUCCAACCCUUUUGAGGCCUGAAGCCUUAGAAUGGCAUUGUUCAAACACUGAUUGGCAGCUUGACACACACACAAAAGUCAUGCCAAGUUCACCAUCACCUUUUGUUACCCUUGAAGAAAUUGCACCAAGUAAUGAUAUUAUAUCAGAUGGAAAACAAACCCAAGACUCUGAAAUGUUUAUGUUGAGACCUUGGAUUAAAGAGUCAAGAAGAACAUCAGGAUUUUUAUCAGUUGGGAAAAAUGUGAGACGAUACUACAAGCAAAUGGAAGAGACAAAAAUUACUUUUGAUCAGAUCAAAGAAAAUGACUCUGAAGCAUCAUUCAAUAGCAGCUCUGAAGAAGAUAAACAGUCUGAAAAAGUGUCAACUGCAGUGAAAUUGAGUUUGUUCCUUAACACUGCCCUAAUAAUUGCUAAAGCUGUUGCUUCAUAUCUUUCUGGUUCUAUGUCCAUCCUUUCUAGCUUGGUAGACAGCAUUGUAGAUUUGGUGUCAGGUGUUGUUGUGUGGUAUACAAGUCGUGCUGUUAAGGGCACUGAUUACUACAAAUACCCUGUGGGAAAAACCCGCUUGGAGCCAAUCAGCAUCAUAGUCUUAUCAGUCAUAAUGGCUGUGGCUUCAAUACAAGUGAUAAUCACAUCUAUCACAAGGAUGAUUGAACACACAGUUGAUCCUGAUAUUUCAACUCCCACAAUUGUAAUUAUUGGUGCAACUGUCUUCAUCAAAGGGGCUAUGUUUCUUUACUGUCAUCAAAUAAAGAAACCCUCAACAGAUGUUUUAGCUCAAGAUCAUAGGAAUGACAUAGUUUCAAACUCUUUUGCCUUAGGAUUUGGUUACAUUGGUUACAAAGUAUGGCCUAAUGCUGAUGCAUUGGGUGCUAUAAUGAUAAGUCUUUAUAUAGUUAUAGGGUGGUAUAGAACUGGUAAGGAGCAGAUACGUGGCCUGACAGGCCAUACUGCUCAACCAGCCAUGUUACAAAAGCUUCUGUGGGUUUGUUUGAAUCAUGACACAAGAAUUCAGUUUAUUGACACAUUAAGAGCAUAUCAUUUUGGCUUCCAUUUUCUUGUAGAGGCCCAUAUUGUCUUACCACCCAACAUGACACUUGAAGAAGCUCAUGACAUUGGGGAAUCACUUCAAAGGAAGUUAGAAAGUUACUCAGAUGUAGAACGAGCAUUUGUUCAUAUUGACUAUGAUUAUGAACAUCAUCCAAGUGUUGAACAUAAAAUAGGACAUGGGCACAGUGCUGAUACUACUCCUGAACAAAAACAGGUGGAUGACACUCUUUGAAUCAAGAAAAGUAUUAUUUUGAGUGGUAAACCUGUCAUAAAGAUAUAAUUUUACAGAAGGACAUGACAAAUCUCAUAACAUAUAGUGAUCAUGGUGAUUAAGAAGGUUGAGUGCUGCACUAUGUGCUUCUAUUUUUCCCUGGGUGUGUUGCAAUAUUUAGACUUGGAAUACAAGUUGACUGCUUAGUUAAUGUAGGUUUUGCAGAAUAAGGGUAUAAGGAAAAAAAAGCUCCAUUUUGAAUUGUGGAUGGUUAUCUGGCCUAGUAAUGUGUCUCUAUGAAUUGUACAAAGAAAUGAACAAUGACCAAAGUACAAAGAAAUUACAGAUUUCAGACAUUGUUUUUGAUUCCAUAUUUUGGCAGUCAACCAUUCUCUAAAUGGCCAAUAUUCUCACUUCAAGAACCCUGAAAUCAGAUGUGUGGAAAGCUCUCUUCAGAUUAAGAAGUUUUUUUAAAGGGCUAGGGUUCACACAAUCAAUUGAAGCAAAAAUUUCAUCCAACAGUUGCUUCACAUAGAAGCUCACUCUAAUCCACUGCCUUAGGACGCAGAAAGGAUGGUUGACAAUUCUUGGUGCAGGCAGGUGCAUGUUAAUUCACAUUCAUGUUCUUGUUUGCCUUUGCUGUUAUAAAUUACUAGCAAUUGCAGAAUUAAUAUGUUACUCAAAACUGUGUCUAAAUGUUGUUGAUGGGUAAGUGUGUGAUGGGGAAACCCUCUUUAAAAAGAAAGCAGCAGAAGACAUUGAAGUAGAGAUUUUAAAACAAAUUUAGGAAAUUUACCUUUAAUAUAAGUAGCUGAUUUAAUCAUCUUACAAGUCUUUGUUGCAUUUGGAAAGUACAUCGGGACAAAGUAAUGGAACAUAGAUCAGAGGGACCCUCAUGACAGAUCAAGAUGAGCUUUAUUUGUGAAACCCUUUCAACUUGAAGGUUUCCUUUGUGUGAUACAAACAUCAACACAACAGCCACAUGCUGUGAAACAAAUCAAAGCUUAAAUCUUCAUUUGGAAGGAUUUCAUAAAUUAAGCCUUCCCCCCUAAACCAUACAUACGUAUUCUAAACCACUUAAGGCAGGUCACCUGUGAUUUACCAGUAAUACAUUGAAUAGCAACAUAUCCAUCUUCACAUGAAGCAAAUCUCAACAA